UGGAAAUCUCAUUGCUGCUCUCUUCAUUCAGGCCCAGAGGUCCCUCUUCUGCUGAACUUGUGAUUGAAUAAUACAUGGAAGAGGCCUCCUGCAACCUCCUAAUACCCUGAAGCUAGCACUGAUGAUGCUGAGGUUCGGGCAGCACCUCAUCAAGCCCUCGGUGGUGUUCCUGAGGACAGAGCUGUGCUUUGCUCUGGUGAACCGCCGGCCGGUGGUGCCGGGACAUGUCCUGGUUUGUCCCCUGCGGCCGGUGGAGCGUUUCCGUGACCUGUGUCCCGAGGAAGUGGCUGAUUUGUUCUGCACGGCACAGAGGGUUGGAAACGUGGUGGAGAAACAUUUCCAUGGCACCUCGCUCACCUUUUCCAUCCAGGAUGGCCCUGAAGCUGGACAGACAGUGAAGCAUGUUCAUGUCCACGUGCUGCCAAGGAGGGCUGGAGACUUCAGCAGGAAUGAUGACGUCUACGAGGAGUUGCAGCGACAUGACAAAGAUGAUUCCCCUGACAAGUGGAGAACAGAAGAAGAAAUGGCAGCUGAAGCAGAAAUUCUGAAGAAGUAUUUCCAGGAAAAUUAGAGGUAACAAAGUGUUUGGAACACUUCCCAUGACACCAGAAAGUCCCCAGAAAGAACGACCUCAUUCUCCAGUUCUCAGUGGCCCUGGAGCUGCAGCUCCACAAUUUUAUUAUGUUCUACAAAUAUGGGAUUCUUCCAUGAAAAAUUUUAUUGGACCUUUGGAUAUCAUCAAGGUUGAAUUCCAGCUAAGACAACUAAACAGCACUGGCUCAAAAUAUUGCUCUGAAUUGUAACUCAUAUUUUUCUGAAUUGUGUACUUGGGAAUGAAUCUUUUUAAAUUGUCCCUUGGUCUAAAUAGAAAUAAAGUGCCAGCAAAAUCAGGUA